AUGGACUACCAGGUCUUGGGAGGUUCCCUGCACAGCGGCGCAGAAGACAAGAAAAGUGGCUCUGCGGCAGCUGCUCAAGUCAAUGUUAAUUCGAUGCUUAAUCAACAGCAUCAACAAUAUCCUGCGCCUGUUGCUAACCAGCCAGUUGCGCAGACACAGCAGAGUGCAUCAAAUUCUGGUCCGUCCAAAUCAAAGGCCAAGGCGAGUCCAGCACAAGAGGCUGCACGGCCAGCGGCAACCCAGCAGAAAUUAGCCAAGGCUGUUUCGGAGUACCUGAGCAAAGACACUGCAAAUAAAGGCAAACAAUGCUCAUCAGAUUCUCUCAUGCUUCUCUUACGAAACAAUCCAACAUAUCCAGAUGUUUGUGCUCAAUGGGAAACUCGCGGAUUCGCGUUGAAUAGACAAGACAUGGCUAGAUUUCUUCUUGCAGCAGUCCCCGCGCUCCUGAGCAACAAUAAUGGACAGGAACAGAAGAAGGCGGAAGCAAGCAAAAAUACUCCUCCAUCAUAUGCAACUCCGUCUCUCUCUUCCCCUGACUACGGCGCAACCUCCACAACAUUCACAAUCUGCACAAUCUGCACAAACUGCACAUCCUCUAUCAUUACCACCCCCCGCCACCCCCGUCACAACCGUCUCAACCAAUUCAACAAUCUCCACCACCCCAAGCUCCAGCACCAGCACUACCUCAAGGCGUCCCGACCCCGUGCAUCGACAGGUACAGCUGGCUCAUCAGAGCAAAAGAAAGAGAAAAAGUCUCUGCAGCGCCCGCGAAAAUCAGACGGAGCAUGGAUAUCGAACACGCCUGUCGGACCAAAGGCUGAAGUGGCAAAGAAGAGACUGUUUUCCGAGAUUGUGGACAUGUUUCAAAUGAGUAGUGACGACGAAGAUGGAUUUUCUCGCUCAACCACUAAUAUGAAUCUGAACCUUGCCCAACGACCAAGCUUUCCAGAUCCUGGCCCAGACGUCAUGGAUCUCGGCACGGACUCACCACAUCCAGCCGAACAGAAUGUCACUGAUUCUCGUGCUGAAAUGGCCGAACCUGAAAUUGAGUUCGACCCUGAUGACGAGUUUGUCCUUCGUGAGAUUAAACUCUACUAUAACCCUCAAUCUAUUGCGCGGGAUGUCAUGCUUGCUACCGGUCGCCAUCCGUCUGAAAGACCCCUGAACUUUCACCUGAUGCAUCUGAUACAGACAUUUACGGGGUUCACUUUGCGCUCAGAUCUUGAAACUGUCAAGUGGGAUCUAGUUGACCCAGGCGGGCCUUCCAUGCCAGUCGUUGAACUCGAGGAUAUUUUCCUUGAGCCUCCUCAGCUCACUCGUAAAAGGCGUCGUCGUCGUCGUCGCGACGCAUCACGUGAUGACCCGGACGCCAAAGGCCCCACUUCAGAUAGUCGACCUCAGCCGAGCCAAACAACUGCAGCACUUGGACAACAACUUCUUCCUUCUGUUUCUACACCUGACGGUGCGCGCGAUUCAAUGGCUGGUACACCGACCACUAAUCAGAGGAACGGUCGUCGCGGCCGACCGCCCGGCGCCAAAAACAAAAAGCCUCCGAAAGCUGCCUUGACAGACUUGGCUGAGACCGCGACUGGGCCUUCUACGAGAAACGUUCAAACCUCCGUGUCUGCUCCUGCUUCCUCCGUACCCGAGCCUUCAUAUCCUAUGUUUACGUGUGAAUGGGCGUCGUGUCCCGCGCAACUCCACGACGUCCAUACGUUGGAGCGCCAUGUUGUUAGAAACCACGUCUCUGGACAAACAACAUGUCAAUGGCAGAACUGCCCCAAUUACACAACAGAGUGUAGCGGCGAAGGUCUGAUGAAGCAUUUGCUAAAAGUACAUAUCCGACCUCUGGCAUGGAAGUACGGAGAUCGGCCGUCCGUCAACGGAACUGAUUACAACAUCGAUCGCUAUUUGAUUACGAAUGGCUUGCAUGUCACGCCUGAUGCUACUACAGCGAGUGAAAGCGAUGCCCUCAUCUUUCCCGUUGGACCGACCCCGAUUCGCGCAUUCAACAGAUUGUACGGCAACCAGAAACCCACGGACCGAGCACGACAGGUGUUAAGGGCGGUACAGAAGCGACGCAAACGUGUAGGUAUUGGUCUUGAGCAAGGAGGAUGCGAAUUCUCGACGCCCGUGCGAAACAAGCUAUUCGUGAACGACGAGGAGUUUUACGAAGUGGUGACGGAUGAUGAGGAGGGAACGGACAAUUGGUUCUCACAGGAUGUUUCUUCCUAG